AUGGCCGCACCCCUUCUUGCACCCCCAGGACCUGACAGCUUCAAGUAUUUCACCCCGGAGUCGCUCGCUAACAUCGAGAAGCGCAUCAGUGAAGAGAAGAACAAGAAGCCACCCAAGCCCAGAUCGGACAGUAGUCACCGCGAUACGUCUGACGAGAAUGAGCUCAGGCCCAACAGUGACCUGGAGGCUGGGAAGAGCCUGCCCUUCAUCUACGGGGAUAUUCCUGAUGGAAUGAAGGCCACACCACUGGAGGAUUUGGACCCAUACUAUCUGAACAAGAAAACAUUUAUAGUCCUAAACAAAGGAAAAACAAUCUUCCGCUUCAGUGCCACGCCCUCCUUGUACAUCUUAAGCCCUUUUAAUUUACUUAGGCGAAUAGCUAUUAAGAUUUUGAUACAUUCGUUAUUCAGCAUGAUCAUCAUGUGUACGAUUUUGACCAACUGUAUAUUCAUGACAUUUAGUGACCCCCCAGAGUGGUCCAAACAAGUAGAGUACACCUUCACAGGUAUCUAUACGUUUGAGUCACUCACAAAAAUUGUUGCCCGAGGCUUCGCUAUAGAUGGGUUCACCUUCCUCAGAGACCCGUGGAACUGGCUGGAUUUCAUGGUCAUCUCAAUGGCAUAUAUAACAGAGUUUGUGGACCUUGGGAAUGUCUCGGCGCUGAGAACGUUCAGGGUUCUCCGAGCAUUGAAAACUAUUUCUGUCAUUCCAGGCCUGAAGACCAUUGUGGGUGCUCUGAUCCAGUCUGUGAAGAAGCUGUCGGACGUGAUGAUCCUGACCGUCUUCUGUCUGAGCGUCUUUGCUCUGAUUGGACUGCAGCUAUUCAUGGGGAACCUGCGGAAUAAGUGUGUAAUCUGGCCAAUCAACAUGACCGAGCAGUACCCGCCAAAUGGCAGCAGGCCCUUUGACUGGGCCGAAUACAUCAUGAAUGACACUAACUUCUACUUCCUUCCUGGUCAGCUUGAUGCUCUACUAUGUGGAAAUAGUUCUGACUCAGGACGAUGUCCAGAGGGCUUUACAUGUAUGAAAGCCGGAAGGAACCCUAACUAUGGUUACACCAGCUUUGACAGCUUUGGAUGGGCUUUCCUCACCCUCUUUCGCCUCAUGACCCAGGACUUCUGGGAAAAUCUCUACAUGCUGACUCUACGAGCCGCAGGGAAGACCUACAUGAUCUUCUUUGUGCUGGUUAUCUUUGUGGGCUCCUUCUACCUGGUGAAUCUCAUCUUGGCUGUGGUGGCUAUGGCUUAUGAGGAGCAAAACCAGGCCACUAUUGAGGAGGCGGAGCAAAAAGAGGCUGAAUUCAAGGCCAUGUUGGAGCAGCUCAAGAGGCAGCAGGAAGAGACACAGGCUGCUGCCAUGGCCACAUCUGCUGGCACUGUGUCGGAGGCAGCUUUAGAGGAUGAAGGAGGGGGGCACCUGUCCCGCAGUUCCUCUGAGGUCUCCAAGUUGAGUUCCAAAAGUGCCAAGGAGCGUCGCAAUCGCAAGAAGAAAUGGCGUCAGAAAGAGCAGGAGAAAGAGAAGGGAGAUAGUGAAAAGGUUGUUAAGUCUGAGUCAGAUGAUGGCAGCAAGAAAAGCACCAUUCGUUUCCCAGGAAGCCGGCUGGGGAGGAAGACAUCCAUCAUGAACCAGUCACUCCUCAGCAUCCCAGGCUCUCCCUUCAUGUCACGCCACAACAGCCGGAGCAGCAUCUUCAGCUUCAAAGGCCGUUCCAAGGACAUGGGCUCAGAGAACGAGUUUGCCGAUGACGAGCACAGUACAGUAGAGGAGAGCGAAGACCGCCGAGGCUCUCUGUUUAUCCCUUACCGCCGCAACAGCUACAGUGGCUACAGCCAAGGCUCAUCACGCAUCCACCCACUGGCACCCCACUCUGGAGGGAAGAGGAACAGCACAGUGGACUGCAAUGGCGUGGUGUCUCUCAUCGGCCCUGGGCCCGGCCGACGACUUCUGCCUGAGGUGAAAAUAGAUAAGGCAGCCACUGAUGACAUACAGACUACUGACGUGGAGAUUAAGAAGAAGCACUCUGGCUCUCUCAUGGUGUCUGUGGAUCAGCUCAACUCCUCCUUCAAAGGAAAGGACCGCACCAACAGUCAGAUGAGCGUAGUCACCAACACACUGUUAGAGGAGUUGGAGGAGUCUCAGAGGAAAUGUCCUCCAUGUUGGUACAAAUUUGCCAAUAUCUUCCUCAUCUGGGAGUGCUUUCCCUUUUGGCUGAAGAUCAAGCACGUAGUCUACUUGAUUGUCAUGGACCCCUUUGUUGACCUGGCCAUCACUAUCUGUAUUGUCCUCAACACCCUCUUCAUGGCCAUGGAGCACUACCCGAUGACUGAACAUUUUGAGGGGGUCCUGUCUGUUGGCAACCUGGUAUUCACAGGUAUUUUUGCUGGGGAGAUGUUUGCCAAGCUGAUUGCCAUGGAUCCCUACUACUACUUCCAGGAAGGCUGGAACUGCUUUGAUGGUUUCAUUGUGACCUUGAGUUUAGUUGAGCUGGGACUGGCUGAUGUGGAAGGUCUGUCAGUGCUCAGGUCAUUCCGAUUGUUGAGAGUGUUCAAACUAGCCAAAUCGUGGCCCACCCUCAACAUGCUGAUCAAGAUCAUUGGUAACUCAGUGGGAGCUCUGGGUAAUCUGACCCUGGUGUUGGCCAUCAUCGUCUUCAUCUUUGCCGUGGUGGGCAUGCAGCUGUUUGGCAAAAGCUACAAGGACUGCGUGUGUAAAAUCGCCCUGGACUGUGAACUGCCUCGCUGGCACAUGAAUGACUUCUUCCACUCCUUCCUGAUUGUGUUCAGAGUGUUGUGUGGGGAGUGGAUUGAGACCAUGUGGGACUGUAUGGAGGUGGCAGGACAGACCAUGUGCCUCACCGUCUUCAUGAUGGUCAUGGUCAUCGGAAACCUGGUGGUACUGAACCUGUUCCUGGCCUUGUUGCUGAGCUCAUUCAGUGCAGACAACCUUGCUGCCACAGAUGACGAUGGUGAGCCCAACAACCUCCAGCUUGCGGUUGCCCGCAUUAAGAAAGGGAUUGCCUGGUUCAAGAUUCACAUGCGGGUCUUCGUAGCCACAGUGCUCAAGAAGCAGCCUAUAGAGGAUGAACAGAAGCCAUUGGAUGACAUGUACGAGAAGAAGCUCAACUGCAUUGCAAACCACACAGUGGACAUCAACCGUGACCUGGACUAUGCUAAAAAUGGCAAUGGCACCACCAGUGGAAUUGGGAGCAGUGUGGGAAAGUAUAUGAUUGAUGAGGACUACAUGUCUUUCAUCCACAACCCCAACCUCACCGUCUGUGUUCCUAUCGCUGUUGGUGAGUCGGACUUUGAAAACCUCAACACGGAAGACUUCAGCAGUGAAUCGGAUGUGGAGAACAGUAAAGAUCUGGAUGACACCAGUUCGUCUGAGGGCAGCACAAUAGACAUCAAGCCUGAUGUGGAGGAGGUGGCAGUGGUGGAGGUAGUCGAGGAAUACCUUGACCCAGACGCUUGCUGGACAGAUGAAUGUGUGGCCAAAUACAAGUGCUGUGAUGUUCCCAUCACUCACGGCUGGGGGAAACACUGGUGGUUCCUGAGGAAGACCUGCUACCUGAUUGUAGAACACAACUGGUUUGAAACCCUCAUCAUUUUCAUGAUCCUGCUCAGCAGUGGAGCCCUGGCCUUUGAGGAUGUGUACAUUGAGCAGAGGAAGACAGUAAAAAUCAUUCUGGAGUACGCUGACCGGGUUUUUACCUACAUCUUCAUCCUGGAGAUGUUGCUGAAAUGGGUGGCCUACGGCUUUGUCAAGUACUUCACCAAUGCCUGGUGUUGGUUAGACUUCUUCAUUGUGGAUGUGUCUAUAGUCAGCCUUAUAGCUAAUGCGUUGGGCUUCUCCGAUCUAGGCCCGAUUAAAUCACUCAGGACACUGAGGGCCUUGAGACCCCUCAGGGCCCUGUCACGUUUUGAAGGGAUGAGGGUUGUGGUGAACGCCUUGGUGGGUGCAAUUCCCUCCAUCAUGAAUGUGCUGCUGGUGUGUCUCAUCUUCUGGCUCAUCUUCAGCAUCAUGGGUGUCAACCUGUUUGCUGGAAAGUAUUACUACUGUUACAAUGAAACAGCCGAGGAGAACUUCCUGCCUGAAGACGUCAACAACAAAACAGAGUGUUUUGCUCUCAUUAAUGCAAACUACAGCGAAGUCAGAUGGAAAAACGUCAAGAUCAAUUUUGACAAUGUGGGUGCGGGCUACCUGGCCCUCCUGCAAGUGGCAACAUUCAAAGGCUGGAUGGACAUUAUGUACGCAGCAAUAGAUUCUAGAAAGGUGGAGGACCAGCCUAUCUACGAGGACAACUUAUACAUGUACAUCUACUUCGUCAUCUUUAUCAUCUUCGGCUCGUUCUUCACCUUAAACCUCUUCAUUGGUGUCAUCAUUGAUAACUUCAACCAACAAAAGAAAAAGUUUGGAGGUCAGGAUAUCUUCAUGACGGAAGAGCAGAAGAAAUACUACAAUGCCAUGAAGAAACUAGGGUCGAAGAAGCCACAAAAACCAAUACCCAGGCCUCAGAACAACAUCCAGGGCAUGGUGUUUGACUUUGUGACGCAGCAGGUGUUCGACAUCUCCAUCAUGAUCCUCAUCUGCCUCAACAUGGUCACCAUGAUGGUGGAGACGGAUGAUCAGUCGCAGGAGACAGAGAAUGUGCUUUACUGGGUCAACUUCUUCUUCAUUGUGGUCUUCACUGGCGAGUUUGUAUUGAAGCUCUUUGCGCUGCGUCACUACUACUUCACCAACGGCUGGAACAUCUUCGAUGUGGUUGUGGUCAUCCUUUCAAUUGUGGGAAUGUUCCUGGCUGACCUGAUCGAGAAGUACUUUGUGUCACCGACACUCUUCAGGGUGAUUCGCCUGGCUCGUAUCGGCAGAAUCCUGCGUCUCAUCAAGGGGGCCAAAGGAAUCAGAACUCUGCUGUUUGCCCUAAUGAUGUCACUUCCUGCCUUGUUCAACAUUGGCCUACUACUUUUCCUGGUUAUGUUCAUUUUCUCCAUCUUUGGCAUGUCCAACUUUGGCUAUGUGAAACACGGGGCUGGAAUCGAUGACAUGUACAACUUUGAGACCUUCGGCAACAGCAUGAUCAUCCUGUUUAUGAUCACCACGUCAGCUGGCUGGGACGGCCUGCUGCUCCCCAUUCUUAACUACCCUCCAGACUGUGACCCUUUACUGGAGAAUUCUGGCACCCCCGCUACGGGAGACUGUGGCAACCCUUCGGUGGGCAUCUUCUUCUUUGUCAUGUACAUCAUCAUUUCUUUCCUUAUUGUGGUCAACAUGUACAUCGCCAUCAUCCUGGAGAACUUCAGUGUGGCCACAGAGGAGAGUGCAGACCCACUCAGUGAGGACGACUUUGAGACAUUUUAUGAGAUUUGGGAGAAGUUUGACCCUGAUGCCUCCCAGUUCAUCACCUAUUCCAAGCUUUCUGACUUUGCUGAUGCACUUGAACACCCACUCCGAGUCCCCAAGCCCAACACCAUUGAACUGAUCGCCAUGGACAUGCCUAUGGUGAGUGGUGACCGCAUCCACUGCCUGGACAUCCUGUUUGCCUUCACCAAGCGUGUGCUGGGUGACAGUGGCGAGUUGGACAUGUUGAGGCAACAAAUGGAGGAGCGUUUUGUGGCAGCCAAUCCCUCCAAGGUCUCUUACGAGCCAAUCACCACCACCCUGAGGCGUAAGCAGGAGGAUGUGUCGGUCAGAAUCGUUCAAAGGGCCUACCGUUCCUACCUGGCUAGGCGGGGUUUUGUCUGUAAGCGCAGACCAGCCAAUAACAAAGUGGAGAAUGGCGGGGACAAUCAGGAACAAGACAAGAAGGAGGGCACUCCCUCAACUGCCUCCCUGCCCUCUUAUGACAGUGUAACCAAACCUGACAAGGAGAAACAGGAUGACAACAAUGAGGGCAAGGAAGGGAGGAAAGAGAAAGGGAGAAACCAAAAAGACAUCAGGGAAUCUAAAUGUUAGAGCGCUGGAAUAAUAAUCACAGUAAUAACAAUAAAAAAUAUAAUAAUGUAACUUCAAGCAAAGCGAGAGGAAACUCACCCACACAGAUGUACAGAUUAUUUCAUUUGCAAGUCAGAAAAAAUAAUAUUCAAUAAUUUUGUUUACAGACUUCAUUCUUAUUGACGCAGAGGGAAGCAGCUUGGUCUGUUACAGCUUGAAGACUCUUGAACUUCAGUCAAACCAAACAUACUCAGCAUACUGUGUGACAUUGUUGUAUCUAGACUACUGAUCUUAACAAAAGGAAAUCAAACACAGACAAGGAAAUGUCUGUGUCUGCUGCAAGGCAGAUUGCUCACUUAGCACUGGUCUACAGAUAAGACAAGUAACUCUACGCCAAGAGGUAGAAUGAAAAAACAUCGCCUGGAUGCAGGUAAUGGAUUCCUAUGGAAGACAGUGUUGUGAAGGAAAAGCAAGGAUGCUGCUUGAUUCUGAAGAACUGUCCUUUUAAAGCAGCCAAUGAGUGGUCCUGUGUCAUUUAGUACUGAAUUGUAUAGAGGAGCAAAAUGACACACUCACUCUGUAAGGGCAAACAGAAG